CAGCGCUCAAACGGAAGUGAGAGUCAGAGCCCAUCCGCCAUUGUGGAGUAGAGCAGGGGUAAUAUUUUCUCCAAAUAUAACAUAGGGUGUGAAUGUUUCGGACUUACUUGAACACACCGCACCGCCACCGAUCUCUUCAGCCGUUUGACACUCGCUGUCUCCGCCGCCCGAGAGAACCGCUGCCGAUCAUCUGAGACCGGGUGAGGAGAUCAACGCCUGCGAUUAUAGGGCCAACUCGGAGAGAGGAGGAAUAACGUGAAUCCGCAGAGGUGGCAGGAGAGAUCGUGGAAAGUCGUAACAACGAUCAGUUCGGGCUCCUGGAGGAUGUCUGCGACAACUGUCGAUCAGAGACCUAAAGGACAAGGAAACAAAGUGCAAAACGGUUCGAUGCAUCAGAAGGAUGCUGUGAAUGAUGAUGACUUUGACAAUUACCUGAGCAGCCAGACAAAUCAGAGUAAUAGCUACCCACCAAUGUCUGAUCCCUACAUGCCCAGUUAUUAUGCCCCCUCCAUCGGAUUCCCUUACUCCUUGGGAGAGGCUGCUUGGUCCACCGCGGGAGACCCCCCUAUGCCCUACCUGACCACCUAUGGACAGAUGAGCAAUGGCGAACCUCACUUCAUUCCAGAUGGAGUCUUUAGCCAGCCUGGUGCUUUAGGCAACACGCCCCCUUUCCUCAGCCAACAUGGAUUUAACUUCUUUCCCGGAAAUGCAGACUUUUCCACCUGGGGCACCAGUGGUUCUCAGGGACAGUCUACUCAGAGCUAUGGGUAUCCCCCCAGCUCACUGGGUCGGGCCAUUGCUGACGGACAGGGAUUUGGCAGUGACACACAACUUAGUAAAGUUCCAGGGCUCAGUAGCAUCGAUCAGGGUAUGGGCGGGCUCAAGCUUGGUUCCGACAUGUCGGCUGUUACGAAAACGGUGGGGUCUCCUUUAGGAGGGACGGCAGGUCUGGGCGGCAUGGGCGCUAACAUCAUGCCAACCGUGAGCUCCUCCGCUCCCAACCCCAACUCUUGGGCUGCCAUCGCAAGGAAACCUGCGAAACCCCAGCCCAAGCUGAAGCUGAAACCCAACAUGGGUUUGGGGGGUGGGGCAACAAUCCCUCCUCCACCAAUAAAGCAUAACAUGAACAUUGGAACGUGGGAUGACAAAGGCUCCCUCACCAAGCCUCCUCUUGCUCAGCAGAUGUUGCCCCCGCAGCAGCUGGUGCAGCAGCAACUCUUGGCCCAACCUCAACCCAUGUUGCAGAAUCCGUUGCCUCAUCAACACCAACACCAGCAGCUCCACCUACAGUCUCCACAACCCCACCAGCAGCUGCCCCCAGGUCCCCCCCACCAUCAUCACCACUCGCAACCUGGACCCCCCCAGCCCCUGCACCCAUUGCAGCAGAACCCACCGCCCCAAAACCGCUGGGUGGCCCCUCGAAACAGAGGAGCGGCCUUCAACCAGAACAGCGGAAUGGAGAACUUUGGCCUCGGGACGGGAAUCCCCAUGAACUCGUCGCCGUCUUCCGGCGAGGUUCACCCCGUCCUGGAGAAGCUCAAGGCCCUCAAUAACUACAACCUCAAAGACUUCGACUGGAACUUGAAAAACGGACGGGUCUUCAUUAUCAAGAGCUACUCGGAGGACGACAUCCAUCGCUCCAUUAAGUACUCCAUCUGGUGCAGCACAGAGCAUGGAAACAAGCGCCUGGAUAGUGCCUACCGUUCGCUUGGUGCCAAAGGUCCGCUCUACCUACUUUUCAGCGUCAACGGCAGUGGACACUUCUGCGGCGUGGCUGAAAUGAAGUCCACCGUGGACUAUAACGCCUACGCCGGGGUCUGGUCCCAGGAUAAGUGGAAGGGCAAGUUCGAGGUGAAAUGGAUCUUUGUUAAGGACGUGCCCAAUAACCAGCUGAGGCACAUCCGUUUAGAGAACAAUGAUAACAAGCCUGUCACCAACUCCAGGGACACUCAGGAAGUGCCCCUAGAGAAGGCAAAGCAAGUGCUUAAAAUUAUUGCAACUUUCAAGCAUACCACCUCAAUCUUUGAUGAUUUUGCACAUUACGAAAAGCGGCAGGAGGAAGAGGAAGCCAUGCGACGGGAGCGAAAUAGAAAUAAACAGUAGGUUUACAGAGAUCUCCCACGUAGGAUGUCAACACUAAUGACGUAGAACCUUAAAUAUUGCAUAACCUCAGAGGAAGAAUGGGGUUCUGGUGUAUUUUCUGCUGAAGAUGAUGUAUGAACACUUGUCACGACAGUGGACUUUCCUGUGUCAACCUCUGCCCUUUUGCUCAAGUCACGCACGAAAUGGACAGAAAUAAGUAAACUGUAUCUUAAAGCACUUUCAGCCCUUCUAAAAGCUUCUACCUGUUCAGAUUCACCUGUUCGUUGAUUAACUAUCAAUGGACAUCUGUUCGGUAUUAACUGACUAACCGUUGUAGUUGGUUCUGAGGAUUUCAAAUGUAUUUGUAGUCUUAUUGUUUUGUCUUUAUUUUGUUUGUUUUGUUUUUGUAACCCCUUCUUCAUAUAUUAGCGCUCUAUCAUUUUGAACACACUCAGAGGAGAAACACUUUUGUGAAAGAAAACUUGAAUCUACGUGAAGCUGUAAAACCCGUAUUCGUGGCGCAGACCCAGUUUGCGUCCCACCUGACCCGACCCAAGUCGGAAUAAUCACGUCUGUUUGUUGUAGACUGACCGUCUCGGCAUAUAUUUCUGUGCACCAGAAGAUGAUAAUUAUGCAGCUUGGUGGCGAUUGACACCAGCCAAUGCACAUUUUGUUUUGUUUUCUCCUGCAAUUUUGUCAUUCAGAAAGUGCAUUUGUUUUAGGAGAAACCUGCUCAGAAACACCAUACGUCUACUCAAGUCAGUGUUCUUCAAGUCAGAAUCUGUAAUGCAUCUGCUGCUAUCGGAAUUUAGCAAGAACGUGACGGUUUUCUCCUAUAGGUGACUCACUAGCUAAAAUAAACAUGAUCCAUGUUUAGCGACCCCACGUUUUGAGUUUUUACUUUCAGAAUGUCCCCUUAUUUUAAUGGCGUGAAAUAUAAUCCGUAUCGUCCAAAUUCGUAUUGCAUGAGAACUUUCGGUUUUGCUGUUUGCAACUAUAUACUGAGCAUUAUUCUGAGGCCAUGCAAAUGAAACUAUAUAGGUCUUGAUUAUUUUGAUUGAAUGAUAAAGUUAUAUUAUUGCUAUGGACUGACCUUACAGUCCAAAUGUACCCUGUUGGGGUCCGGUGCCACGGGCUAGUGUCUGAGAUCAAACCCUCCCAAAAGAUCUACACUUCUCAAACAUCUGCGAGUAAUGCAAAGUAAUUACAGUCUCUGCUAUUUCCUGUUUGUUCACUGGAAGCUGCCUUCUCCACAAACCAAGUAAGGCUGCUCUUGCUUCGUUAGACUGUGGGUAUCAAUCGGCCCCGCUGGCGGAACGGACAGCAGAUUUGGGUUAGCGAUCUACGAAAUCAGCUGCAAUGAGAGACACCUUUCUCCCCUUCCUCUGUGCGCUUUUAUUCAGGCCAUGUUUGUAUGGGUUACUGUAAAUCGAUGCUUCUCAAUGAUGCUGAUGCUAAUCGAGGUAUGAUGUGAUUGAUUAAUCUGAUUUGAAAAAUAAAUAUAGAUUUAUGGA